AAUAAAAUGGAGAAAGAAUUUCUAGCUCUUCUUCCAACUGUGAAAUGUGUAUCACCAGUAGAGGUAUUAGAGAUCCUGGAAAAAUCCAGUUCUGGAACUUGUCCUGAAAUGGAACAGCAGCUGUUGGACAAAGACACAUUCAAGGGCAAAGCCUUCCAGAGGUCAUACCAGUAUCUCUGUCGCUACCAGAAUAACAAAAAUCUUGACAGCUUCCGUUACAGCCCUGAGAGUGUGGAAGGGACUGAGGAGACAUGUCUGAGGCUCUUGCUGCAGUUCUGUGGGCAAAAAAACCCUUCCUGGACAGAGCUCAGUAACUUCACUCAGCUCCUGAGCCUCCAGCUGAUGAAGUGUGAAACCUCGGUGUUCUGCAGCAAAGCAGCAGGACGAGAAUUUUGGGGCUUUAAAUCGUUUGUGAUAAAGUUCAUGAUCACCAUGUCCAAGGACUUUGCCAUGCCUUCUCUAGUUAUGUCAGAUGAAAGCUCUCCAAGGGGAGAGGAUAAAAAAGAGGAGGACAGUAUGCUGAGAGGGUACCAGCUAAGACGGAAGUGGGAACAGGAAUCUCACCCUUAUAUAGUCUUCCAUGCUGAUAACCACUCCAUGGAGUUCUUGGGUUUCCAUAUCAAUGAGAACUACGAUGCUGUUGAUGCAUAUUCAGGGACAAUUUUACAAAACAAUGUAAUUAGUCCUGAACUAUAUCUCAUACUUCAUGCUCAGAGUGUCCCUUUCAAUAAGAAGUUUGAAGAUCUGCCCAGAAAAGAACAGCUAGAAACUCUCUGCAGUGUAUUUGGUGUGACAGGCAACCAAGAUCCAGAUGAAUCGUACAAGCUGACACUGGACAAUACCAUGAAAAUGCUGGCCAUUCACUUGAGGUUCCAGUGUGGGAUCCCUGUGAUCAUUAUGGGUGAAACAGGCUGUGGGAAGACCAAGUUGGUGGAGUUCAUGUGCAGCUUGCAAAGAGCAGGAAGGGACAUUCAAAACAUGAUGCUGGUGCGUGUUCACGGAGGCACUAGCUCCCACAUCAUCCACCAGAAAGUCAGGGAAGCAAUUGAGCUGGCACGUAGGAAUGAAGAGGAGUACGAUGUGGACACAGUGCUGUUCUUUGAUGAGGCAAACACAACGGAAGCUGUGUUUGCCAUUAAAGAGGUCUUGUGUGACCACAGUAUAAAUGGAGAACAGAUCCCUACCACUCGCUUAAGAGUUGUGGCUGCCUGCAACCCAUACAAGAGGCACACGAAGGAGACCAUUGAGAAGCUAGAGAAAGCCGGGUUGGGGUACAGAGUUCGCAGUGAAGACACCCUAGAGAAGCUGGGCUACGUUCCUUUGCGGCAGCUGGUGUAUCGGGUGCAGCCGCUCCCCCCAAGCAUGUUGCCCCUUGUUUGGGACUUUGGGGAGUUAAAUGAACAGACUCAGAGACUGUACAUCCAGGAGAUUGUUAGAUCCAUUGUGAAGGACAAGCUUCCUGAAGAAGAAAAAAAGCACAUUUUCACUUCUGUUAUUUUGGCCUCCCAGAACUUUUUAAGGACCAACAAACAUGAAUGCAGAAUUACCAGUCUCAGGGAUGUUGAGCGCUGCAUGAAGGUGCUGCUGUGGUUUUACAACCUAAAAGACCUGCUUUUUCCUCUUAUCGACCAAAAGAAGAGUGAAGCUCAGCGCUCAGAGUUGUGCAACUCAGUCACUGACCUGGAUGAACAUAAGGAAGGUCAAAUGCUUCCACUAAAUGCAGCACAAAGGUCUUUGGUUCUCUCCAUGGGGGUUUGCUAUUACAUGUCUCUUGAGCGUUGUCGCCAAGAUUACCUGGAAGUGAUUGCAGAGUGCUUCUCUGUCCCUGCACACGUGCUUCAUCAGGAGAUUGUGCUAUGUCAAGAGGUGUUCCUAGAUAACCUCUCCAUUCCUAAGUCGACAGCGCGGAAUGAUGCCUUGAGAGAAAACAUCUUUAUGAUGGUCAUAUGCAUGGACCUGCGAGUGCCUCUCUUUCUUGUAGGGAAGCCAGGAAGUUCCAAGUCCCUGUCUAAAACCAUAGCUGUGGACGCAAUGCAGGGCAGAUUAUCCAAAACAGAGUUAUUUAAAAGGUACAAACAGAUCCAAGUGAUAUCUUUCCAGUGUAGCCCUCACUCUAGGCCCGAGGGAAUCAUCUCCACCUUCAAACAAUGUGCACAGUUUCAGAAGGGCCAAAAACUGGAAGAGUUUGCUUCAGUCGUUAUUCUGGAUGAGAUAGGUCUUGCAGAAGACUCUCCUGAAAUGCCCCUCAAGACAUUACACCCUCUCCUUGAAGAUGGGUGUGUUGAUGAUGAAACCCCAGAGCCAUACAAAAAAGUUGGUUUCAUUGGCAUUUCAAACUGGGCCCUGGACCCUGCGAAGAUGAACAGAGGACUUUUUGUGCUCAGGAUUGAACCUAAGGAGGAUGAGCUCGUGAAGACGGCCAAGGGAAUCUGUGUGGAUUGCACAGGACUAGAGCAACCUUGCCGCAACAUUGCAGCAGUAGAGGGUCUGUUCCCCUUUCUGGCCAACUUUUACUGUGAAGUGUUAAAGAAGCAGUCUGUGGAGUUUUUUGGGCUCCGUGAUUUUUACAGCCUGAUCAAAAUGCUGCAAUUUUAUGCCCAAGAUCAGAAUCAAUGCUCCCCAGAAGAAUUCAUUGGAAAAGCAAUUCUGAGAAACUUUGGAGGUUCAGAAGAAAUAUCUCCUUUAAAGUUGUUCAGAGACUGCAAGCCUAUUCUCUCUCUUUCUUCUGACUUAGAAAUCCCGCAUACCCUCGAUUUGUUGUGGGAAAAUUUAGACAAGAGGCAAACAGGGUUUGUAUCUAGAUACUUGCUGCUAAUAACAACUAACCAUGCAGCUUUCCAGAUUCUACAGAUGACCAAACUGAUGGACAUCGAGAGCUGUGAUAUAAUAUUUGGCUCAGGUUUCCCACAGGACCAAGAAUAUUCACAGGUAUGCCGCUCUGUUAACCGAGUGAAAAUCUGCAUGGAAACAGGACGGCCUGUCAUUCUGUUAAACAUACAGAACCUGUACGAAAGCCUGUAUGAUGCUCUGAACCAGUGUUUUGUCACGUUAGGAGGAAACAAUUAUGUUGACCUUGGCCUGGGCACUCACAGAGUGAAAUGUCGAGUGAAAAAGGAGUUCAGGUUGGUUGUGAUUGAAGAGAAGAACGUUGUCUACACACAGUUCCCCACCCCGCUGCUGAACAGGCUGGAGAAGCAUUGCCUGGAGAUGAAUACCAUUCUCAACUCGCGGGAGGUGGAGGUGAAGACAAAGCUUCAGCAAUGGGCCAAGUCGUUUGCCACCGUGAAGAAUGCUGAUUGCUACAGCGCCAGCUGGGCCGCCUCCGACCCUAAGGAACAGGAUGUUUUCAUUGGAUUCAACGAGGAUGUUUCUGCCACGGUCAUUUUGCAGUGCUCUCAGAGCAGCCUUCAGGGAAACUUUGUGUUCAAUGAAGAGCAAGUUCUAGGAGCUUGUAAAAGCAAAUUAAUUGAGUGUGCAACCCCUGAUUCCAUCCUGCGUCUCAAAUACUCCUCUCUGGAGGAUGCUAAGCAGAUCCAGGACCUGUACUUUGGGCAGCAGAAGCACAGUGGCCUGAUUGACAUCCUGAGAAAGUCGAUGAAAGACCAGUCAAACGUGGAUGAGACCAAGGGGCUGUGCUUGCAGGUUUCUACACAUGCAAGACUUCUAAACCAGAGAGAGUUAGACAUGGUCACAAAGAAACUGAAUCUGCAAAACAGGAUCUGCUGUGUCUUUCUAAGUCAGUUUGAGACUGAACAUGCCUUCCGUCAGGAAAUUAGUAAGUUUUUCAGACGAUCACCAGAAGAGAAAUUGCUCCUUGUCCAGUUCAGCUUUGAUGAGCCACAGAGCAGCAAGAGGCUCCUGGCCUGUGCCAAGUACUGUACAGUAGAUGAGAGAAGAAAAUCACAAAGCCCAGGCUCGUCACACGUUGUCAUCAUAAGUAAAGUACCACGGAUACAGGGUGGGUCCGGCUACCUGGCAUUCAGUGGAGAUAAGUGGACUUCUCUGCAUCUGGACGAACUUCUGCCUCCUGAACACUUUUCAGCCAGUUUAGGGCAGCUCUCCAAAAUUACUGUUGCUGAGGUUUUCACAAAGAGUACUAGGCAGGGUCUUCAUACAGAUGGUUCGACCAAGCCAGGAUGCACUGAAAGUGUCAGUCAUUCUCUGGAGGAAAGUGUGCAGUUGCUCGACGUUGAGUUCCUUAUUAAGCAAUGUGUUCAGAAAGCUGUGAUCCAGCUGGAGGACAAGAGGGACAACCAGAAGCGAGCCACCAUAAGGAUACAGCUCCUCUAUGAUGCACUAUUCCCGGCUCAGAAGAAAACUGCAUUUGCCAAUGAUUUUAUGGGAGUAUUGAAAAAGAGAAUUUGUCACCUUUUACAAGAACGUGAAGAGAGAAGUCUUAAGCCUAAAGAAUGGACCUUCCAUCAAGCAAUGUCUGGAAAGUUUAUACUUGAAGGCACUUCAUUCAGGCACACACUCUGGAUUUAUGUAGAAGAUAUUAUGGUAAAUGUGUUUGCCCAAAUUCUAGCAGUAAUUGAUGCAAACAACAAUCUGAACUGUAUCUCUCAAGAGACUCCACGGUCCAGCCUGUGGCUCCAGAUGUUCCAAGAUGAAUCAUUUCUGAAGAUUAAGUACACCAGCAAAGAGCCUGAUGCUAAGAUUGCUGUAUUAUCAAUGACUGAAGACCCAAACACAUCUGUGGCUUGCCAGUUCCCAUUCAGCUGGGUUUUGAAAGCUGCCUUGGAUGAGAUAUGGGAAACGGUCCAUCAGGCAAAAGGUUUUCCAAGAGACCCCACACCAGACUCUAUAGAGAUGUUUCAAAGCUCAACCCAGAAUGUGCCAAUGCCAGAUGGCGAUGACAUGGACAUGAUACAGUUUUACGCCAGUGAUUUUGUGAGGAUGGCUCUUCCUGGACAAGAUGUUGAGGUUUAUAAGGUUUUGUCAAGUGUCCUUAUAACUGGUGCAAAAAAACUCCACUCCUCUGUGGCAAGAAAUGAUCUACAGUUUUCCUUGCUUUGGCUGCACGUUGAAUAUUUCUACUUACGAGACACUUAUCAAUUAUUCAUUGAUUUGGUAAAGAAUGAAGAGUCUGUAACUGGUGAGCUGCAAAAAAUGUACAGUGAGGACUCAACUAAAAUGUUCCUAUCUCUGGAUGCACUGAACACCAUCCUGCGACAACUGCAACCCACAGAGGAGACAUUUGGAUCGUUUGACAGCUGCCUUGCAUGGCUGAAAAGAAUCAAGUCCAUUAAGCACGCUCUGAAUAGGAUCACAUCAGAUGAUUACCAAAUACGAUUGGAUAGAAAAAAGGGGGAACUAUUGAGUAGCAUAUUGCACCGAUGGGAUUGCACUAACAUCACCUACCUGCUCAUUGAUCACCUUCUGCAUGAUGAGACAAAGAUGGAUGAGAAGCUGCUGAAGACCAUUGUGAAGCAGUCUGUCUUCCUCUGGAAGAAUCUGUAUAAAACUGAAGAUCUGAAACCAGAGAAGAUUUUUGAGGUUGUGACUAAAGUGCUGAAGAUAUGCAGCAGCAAUGCUGUCAACGUUUACUUUGUAAAAGGUGUGGACAAGUGCAGAAGCUGCCAGAAGGAGAUCACUGACCCAGCCGAGUUGCCCUGUGAACACAUUUUCUGCACACAGUGCAUCUUGAGUUGGACUGACAAGCAGUGCAGGAUUUGUAAGAAGAACAUCCCCGAGGACUACACACCCACAGCCUCUCAGGUCACCAGGGAGGCAGUGGAAAAUUGUAAUAAAUUCCGAAGGAAGUGCAACUCUUUCUUUCUGGAGUGUGUCAGCAGUUACUGCUUUGGGGGUAGAAACCCUCCACCUGCAAAGGUCAUUGAACAACUGAUCAAGUUUGUAGCCUGCAAGCCCUCAAACUCAGAACACACAGAGUCAAGGUGUGUAUACAAACCCACAAGUGACCUGUCACCCUUUGAAGAGUGCAUGGACCCAAGUCCUACUGUCAAAUCCUCUCUUCUCAAAAUGUUGCUCCAAUGCAGAUUCGAUGAUGUUAAGACUCACCUUCAGGAAUACAUCUCCUUGAUGGAGGGAGUAAUAACCUCAAACCAAAGCAUCCGGGAUGACUUCUACUUCAUGGUGGUAUGCUGUUUUGAGGAUUUUAUGUACUCCUCCUUCCAAGAAGAUGCCAGCCAAGAGGCUGAGCAGUGCAUCACCAGUGCAGACCUGACCACUCCCAGCUGUACUGAAGCUACAGAAGUUGAUACCCUGCAGUUGAUCGCAAGGCUCCGACUGGCCAUCAGUCAUGUUGCAACUGUGCUUGGUACAGAGCUUCUGAAUGCUGCAGUUCCAACUACUGAGGUGAACCAUGAAGUUACAGAGAAACAACGUGCCCUUGUGAAUUCCAUGAAAAUAUUGGUGGAAAAUGCCCAAACACCAUGGCCCCAAAUAUUUCUAAUGAGGGCCCUUCUUAACAUCCAUGGGCUAAAAAUCAUGAAGAAGGUCCUUGAAAAAGAGCAAUGGAUUUUGCCAAGAGGAUGUGAAACUUCAAAGUGCAUGGACGUCAGGUCCAAUGAAGUCCUGAUGAUUUCAGCACUAGACAGAGCAAAACACCAUCUUAAUAAUGCAAAAUCAGAAGCAGCCAAGCAUCUGACUUCUGUCAUGAAACAAAUGGAGAGCAUCCUAGAGGCACCAUUGCUCUCAGAGGAUCCCACAGAAAGGCUGGAAAAGAUCAUGAAUGCUAUAAGAAGUCAUGGCAACUCUACCUAUCUGGAGGUGGUGUUCCACACUGCUGUCAUACUAAGCCUGUCCCAGAGGCCCAUCACCCAAGUCUUCAGAUCCAUCUGCUUUGAGCCAAGUACAGUUAAGGACACAUAUCUUCCCACCAUGCCAGAUGACCACUACUCUGAUACGAAGAACUGGAAAAUGGAUGAAAUAAGCAAGAUAUGGAGUUGCAAGUGUGGACAGAUCUGGUGCAUUGAUAGGUGUGGAUUACCCAUGGAGAAGAAAACAUGUUCCUGUGGUCAUCCUGUUGGUGGGCUUAAUCACAAAGCUGUGGAAGGAUUUGCUGAAGUGAACAGAUCUAAGGAUAUAAUAGAGAGAGGAUACAUUCUGGGGAGUCCUGGCUCACGAAGCAGAGAAGGAGAGAGAGACUUGCCUCCAGCCUCGGUCUGCCUUGCAAGAGUGCUGCUCCAUUCUUCCAUGCUCCUGGGCACCUUUACAGAGUGCCAGUCGGUUUUGAAUCUAAUGAAAGAGAAGCCACAAGUUGCAGAAGAAUUCUUUCAGGAACACCUUGAAAAGGACAUCACAUUCCUAGCAGAGUCACUUGGCAGAAAUAUAGAUGAUGCCACCAUCAUUGUCCACCUGUUUCUCAGAUAUCUUCUUGAUAGCACAGAAGAUGAAGAAAUCACUGUUAAAUCUAUGCAUGAAAAGGAAGACAGAAAAAAGUGGGAAAGCUGUUUUAAAACUCUUACUCACUCAAUUUUUCAGGGAUUGAAGGACAAACUUGCUUCUGCAAAGCAGGAGAUUGCAGAGGAAGCUCAUAGCUCCAGUAUUCUGAAAAUAGCCGAGGGACAGACCCUGCCCUUCAGUGACCUGUCAAGCACUGGGCUGAUCAACAAGUCCUGCAUUUGGCAAUUUGAACAGAAGAUGACGGUUCAACACCUGACACAUCUGAUUCAACAGGAAAAUGGAACAAAUCAAUUCCCUGUGCUCCUGGAGAUUCUGUCAAAGCACCAGAACAUCCAAUAUAUACAGCAUCUUCCUGAUGUCCUCAGCCUGCAACACACCUUAAUCCACUUCUACCAAAACUGCAACCAUGAAGAGGAACAGUUUUCUGUGAGAGAGUUCUUGGAGAAGCCUCAUAUCUCAGGUGAUCAACGUUUGUCUUUUGAAGGAGCUGUACGCAUCAUUCAGAAAGUUUGGAGCAAUAUAAAAUUGAAUCCUGAAAGCAAAGGAAUGCAUAUCCCCGAACAGCUGCAAAAUAAAGAAAUUGGUACUGACACUGCCAUCCUGGACCUUCUCCCACAUAAUCCGUCCAUCAGUUUCAUCGUUACAAAAUUCCUAAUAGAGCUACAGAACAGUUUGAUUGACACAGCAGCUCAGAUCACGAAAGAAAAGCAAAGGUCUAUCUCAGCUGAAGAAGUAAGGGCAUCAUCUGUGAUAGCAGUUACCCCAGGUGAUGUGGUCACCAUGGCACUGUCAAACUUUCAGUAUGUGCUGGAGGAAAACGGGAUCAAGACCACCCAUUUCAACUUUCAAACUCUGCAGAGGCAAGCAAUAAACCGGUUCAUCAGUGGGAAACCCAUUAUAAAAGUGCAGACAGCUCCAUCCAUGCCACCACGGAAUUUGAAGACACUGAAGUCCACCAAAGCCAAAGUUAAACAACAGCUACAGCAGGAACAGCUGAGUGUGAGUCAAAUGAAAAGCAUUAUGGAGACAGCUAGGUCCGUGAGUGACAUCUCCAGAGCACUGUCCACUUUAAAAGUAGCUGCUGAGUUCCUAGCUGUGACUGGAGGGGACCCAAAGCGCUCCCUGACUGACUAUGUCAGAAAUGAGCUGAGGAUGGCUGCAGAUGCAAAGCACUUCAAGGACCUACCAGUGGUGCCUCAAACACAGCUGAAGCACAUCCUGUCUCUGUGGCAAGUCCUGUCAGUGAGGAGAUCAGUGCUGCUUGUGCAGAUGAAUCAGAAUCCCUUUUUCCUGGUGGACAAGAGAUACCAAGAGGAGCUGGAGGUUACAGAGAGAGAGGAUCUAAAAAAGGCUUUAUCCACCAUCAACAUUGAUUUCUUCAUCACUGACCUGCAUGAAAUGAUUGUGGUGACUUUAGCUGACUACAAACCGGAGUGGGAGAUAGUGGAGAUCUUCAGAACAUAUUUAGAAGAAGAGGAAAAAGAAGACAUGUAUAUUGAAAAUCUGAUUGGCUCUUUGAGCCCACACCUGCAGAUGAAGAAAGUCAUUUCAGUCUGGAAAACUGCUGUGCAGACUAGCAAAUUAUACAGCUCCAGCUACAAGCAAGAAUGAACUAUCCACUACCACUUUUCUCUAUUGUAGCAGUGUCAGGGCAUUUGCAAUGUCCUCAUCUCCCUUGCUUUUACCUUUAGCAUAGUGUAGCUUGCUUCAGCUGUUUCAGCUUUUGUGCCUUGUAGCUGUGAGUAAGGAUUUGGAACGAUGAUUUGGGGAAUUGUUUUGGUUGGCAAUUGCCUGCAGCUCAGUGCCCCAGGGAGAUCUUUCUAUACCUGUGUCCCACAGACGCCACAUCCUGAUUUCAGCGUGCAGUAGCUGAGGAAGAUUAGUUUCCUGUAAAAGUGAUUCUCAUGGGUUUUUGAGGCUUGGGCUCUACUUAAACCAAGAUAAGACAUAAAAUGGAUGGAAGCCUGCUUGGGCCUAUGCCUGUGAGAAGAAUGUAUCAACCUCUGGGGGUGAAUUUUACUCAGGGAGAGCUAAAAAUAAUGGACAUAGAUCUCCAGUCACUUAAGCCUUGCCUGUACUUCAGACUUUAGCAGCUGGAAGUCAGGUUCUCCCUGGAUCAGUAAUCAUUGAAUCAUAGAAAAUGAGGGUUGGAAGGGCCCUCAGGAGGUCUCAUCUAGUCCACCCCCUGCUCCAAGCAGGACCAACCCCAACUACAUCAUCCCAGCCAAGGCUUUGUCCAGCCAGGUCUAAGAAACCUCCAAGGAUGAAGAUCCCACCACCUCCCUGGUGAGCCUGUUCCAGUAUUUUACUAUCCUCCUAGUGAGAGAGUUUUCCUUAAUAUCCAAAUUGAACUCCCCUUGCUGGAACUGUAGCCCAUUGCUCCUUGCUCUGUCAUCUGCCCCCACUGAGACCAGCCCAGCUCCAUCCUCUUUGCAGCCCCCCUGCAGGAAGUGGAAGGCUGCUAUCAAAUCCCUGCUCCUUCUACUAUUCCCCAGAAUAAAUCAGCCCAGUUCCCUCAGCCUUUCCUGAUAACUCAUGUCCCCCAGCCCCCCAACCAUUGUUAUUCCCUUCCUCUAGACUCUCUCCAGGUUAUCUACAUCCUUUCUGUAGUGCGGAGCCCAAAACUGGACACAGGACUCCAGAUAAUGUCAGGCACCAUUCAGAGUCUCUCUGCCCUUUGAUUUGCAGCUGCCUGACCAACAGUGCACUUUUAUUGUUCCUAUUUUGCUUUCAGCGGCAUUUUCCCAGCUACUUCAAUAAAAAAUGAGCAAGAAAUUGUUCAUUUUUCUGU